AUGCUUCGGGACCCCCUGGUGGCUUCGGUCCUGGAGCAGGAGGAAGCUUCGCCGCUGGGUCUCCGGGGGGGCUCGACUGGCGGUGUAUCUCUCCCUGGACUGAGUGGGGGAGCUGCGUCAGGAGGCUUUGACGCUGGUGCAGCCGGAGCGGGGUUUGACUCAGCAGCUGGAGGAAGUGCCGGAGGAUUCGAUGCUGCUGGAGCUGGCGGAUUCGACACCGCUGGAGGCUUUGACGCUUCUGGAGGCGCUGGCGGAUUUGGCACAGCUGGAGGAUUCGACACCGCUGGAGGAGCUGGAGGAUUCGACACUUCUGGAGCUGGCGGAUUUGGCACAGCUGGAGGAUUCGACACCGCUGGAGGAGCUGGAGGAUUUGACACUUCUGGAGCUGGUGGAUUUGGCGCAGCUGGAGGAUUCGACACCGCUGGAGGAGCUGGAGGAUUCGACACCGCUGGAGGAGCUGGUGGAUUUGGCGCAGCAGGAGGACUCGACACCGCUGGAGGCUUCGGUGGCGGAGCAGGAGGAGUGCCAGCCCCGGCACUCGGCGCGGGUGGUGACUCGGCCUCACCCUCUGGCGCCCCAGGAGGCACAGCGGGCUUCGACAUCGGGGGCAUCCCAGGAUUCGACGCAGGCACGAGUUCCAGCUUCGACGCAGGGCUGGAUGCCGGGAGUAGCCCAGGAGGAGGCUUCGGCUCUUCGGGCGGCUCCUCCGGCUUCGGCUCGAGUGGCUCUUCGGGGUUUGACGCGAGCGGCUCCUCUGGCUUCGGCUCGAGUGGGUCAGCUGGUUUCGAUGUGAGUGGCUCCUCUGGCUUCGGCUCGAGCGGCUCCUCCGGCUUCGGCUCGAGUGGGGUCAGCUGGUUUCGGCCGAGUGGGUCAGCUGGUUUCGGCGAGGGUCCUCAUCUGGCUUCGGCUCGAGUGGUUCCUCGUCUGGACUUGGCGCGAGUGGCUCCUCGUCUGGCCUCGACUCGAGCGCGAGUGGCUCCUCGUCCAGCUUCGACGCCAACGCCGGCUUCCCAGGAGCGGAUUUCAGCGGAGCCUUCGAGUCGGGGGGUUCGCCGAGCAUCAGCGUACCCAUCUCAGGACCCCCUCUUGAUGGGGCGUUCGGAGGCGGGUUCGGUGGGGCGGACGGUGGGUUUGGGUCUGCGGAAGGUGGGUUCGGAGGCGGGUUUGGGUCCUCUGAUGGGGCAGGAGGAGGAGGAGGUGGAGUUGGGAUAG